AUGGUGACGGCCAGUGUGAAGGCCUUCAGUGGGAGGUCGGAGAUGGUGGUCACUAAUGGUAGACGUUUGAUCGAGAAGUGGAAGAAGAUUGCUUGCUCGAGCGGAGUGUCCCCUGGUGGGACGAAGCCUCAGAGCAUCACGUCCCCUCCUCCCCCUCCUGCAACUCCUCCAGGCGGCUUCAAGCCUGUGAUCGCGGCCAAGUCCAGCGCCCCUUAUGUCCCUGUUGUUGCCGCUAAGUCGAGUGCACCGCCUCCCUUAUCUAAGUCUCCUACCACCAAUGACAGCUCGGUUCCUGCCACGGCUGCUGCUACCGAAGCACCUUCCCCCCCACCCUCGAGGAGUGUUGGAAGUCCCCAGGCUGCGGCAUCGAAGUAG